CACGCGGCAUCGGAUUACUGGGCUUACGUCCCAAAGCACUUCUCUUGAAAGCAUCAUUUUCGCACCAAGCAUUACCCUUCCCGACUAUAUCACUCAACUGCAUGAGGUUGAUAGGCUUGUAACCUUCAUGGUGGCUUCACGAUGGGAGCUUCCGAGUCAAAGUUAGUCUUCAAGCAGGGCAUCUUCCGUCUGUCUGAGGAGAAGGACAUUGCUGCGGACGAUCCCUACUGGACCAGGUUCUGGGAGCUCCCAGAGUCGACGGAGGAUGUCUUCAGCCUGUUCACCCCGGCCGACAUCCGGCGCACGCGCGACCAUGCCUUAUCGAACUUCGAGACCCUCCUACUCUCCGUCACUUCGCGCCUCACUGUUUUGAAAAAUCAUCCCUCCUUCCCAGACCCGGAGCUUGCGCCCGACCGCGAUGCGCUCAACUGUAUCCGCAUCCUCACCCGUCUGCUCCCAUACAUCUACGAGGCGGAGCAUCUAGAGGAAUGGGAGGAGAAGUUCUUCUGGGCUCGUCGCAAGAAGAAGACCCGGGAGGCGCAGGUGGCUCCAGAAGUAUUGUUUGAUGAAGCACAGGCGGAAGAGCGGGAUCAGACCUCGCCGCGGGCUGCUGAAUUGGAGGAUGCGAAGCCACUCGCUGAGGAGCUGAUCGACACCCUCCUCGACCUGCUAUUCUAUACCAACUUUACGAUCCCGAAGCUGUCAUCUGCAAAGACUAAAGUGUCCUGGUCGAUCUGGCAAAGUGGAGUGGGAUGCAAUACUUCAAUGGGGUCGACCAAGGAGCUGGAAAGUAAUCGCUGCGAGGUCCUACGGCUACUGCUCACUCUAACCGGGAAAGCGAUGUACAUGCCUUCAAAUCUACUUCCUGUGCAAGGUGUGAGGGCGAUCACGUACAUCACCACUUGCCCCGACAAGCAGGCAGUCUUGACUUUGCUGUGCUCGUUACUAAACACGGCGAUCAAAUACAACCCUGCCUCUUGGAGAGUACCGUAUGACCAUGUCGUGUGGAAAGAUCCGAAACAAAUUUUGGUCAUCUACUGCUUGCAGCUUCUUCUGGUGCUCCUUCUAUACCCCGUGCCUGAGGACGGUCGCGGGGCUCCUCCGAAAAACUACUACCGCCAUUAUUUUGGCAGACUGCAUAGACCGCAAGACUUUCAAUUUCUCGUGGAUGGCAUGACCCGGAUCCUGAAUCAGCCAAUGCAAGUCACCAACUCCUAUCUUCCUGGGAGUCAAAAGUCUGUGAAAUGGGCCCCCGAGAUGCUUAUGCUGUUCUGGGAGGCCUUGCAGUGCAACAAACGCUUCAGGUCGUUUAUCAUCGAUUCGAACCGCUCCCACGAUUUCAUUAUCCUGUGUCUGUUCUAUGCCAUCGUGUACAAAUCCGACCCCUCUAAGCAGGGUGUGGUUAGGAUGUGCAUCUUCAUUUUGCAGACAAUGAGUGUGGAGCCCAAUUUUGGCAAGAGUUUGAACCUCAAGUUUGAAGCUCAAGAAACCCUUCCGCAAAAUAUCCGGAUCCCAGGCUUCAAGGGUUCAUAUGCAGACUUCCUGAUCAUAUCUAUCCAUACUCUGAUCACUGCCAGCAAAGGACAAUUGACGGCUGUCUAUCCCGCGCUACUGGCAAUCAUCAACAACGUUGCCGCACACGUUGAACAUCUGUCUCCCGCGUCCUGCUCAAAGUUGCUGCAGUUGUUUUCUUCAAUGUCGGCGCCCAGCUUCCUUCUCGCUAACGAGACGAACCACGUCCUUUUAGCAUCCGUGCUUGAGUCGAUCAAUUCUAUUCUCGAGCAUCAAUUCACAAACAACUCAUAUCUUGUUUAUUCUAUUCUCAAGAAUCGCAGACGCUUCGAGGCUGUGCGCGAAUUCACGCUUGAGAGCGGACAGCAGGAGAUAGAACGCCAAAAUGAGCGGCGAAAGUCAGGAGGGAAUGAAUUUGCUGCAAGCCCUGUCCUCUCACCGACUGAAGAAGACACGCAAGCUCCCUCUGGUGCACGCGCAUCGCUGGGUCGCAUUCCGGAAGAGAAUAGUCCUUUCGCAAUUGGCGGAGAUGAUUCUGAUGACGAAGGUGAGGCGCAGAAAUCGCCGGCCCAUGAUGUUUCGUCUGUUUCAUCAGUGCCGACUUCUCGACGGCAAUCAAUAUCCUCUAUCGUUGACGAGAGCGUGCCCCUUCAACUUCGAGGAAUGUCUGAAAAGGCACGUGGCAAGAUGCCAGCCGGACAGCCCACCUUCUCCAGACAGAACAGCAUGACCAGCCAAAGCAGUAUUUCGGCAGCCUUCCUUGCGUCCUCGACUGGAUUCACGCCGACUGCUACCUGGCUUGAAUCCUGGUUGCCUGAGCUGCCGCUACACACGAUCCUCACCAUCAUUUCAGCCAUCAUGCCCCACGUGCCUGAAUCAGCUUUUCAGUCUGCUUCCAGCCCGGAGACGCGCACGCUGAUCACAAACCUCCCUACUUUUGUGGAGGAGCCAAUGGUUCAGGUCAUCGUCUCGGAACCCUCGCCCGUUCGUGUCCAUUCGUUCGAAUGGUCGGCCCUCUCCAUGGGUUGGUAUGAGUCUUUGCUCUGGGGAUUCAUCUUCUCGAGCGAAAUGGUUGUUGGGUCCGCGUCAGGUGCUACACCCGGCACUGUUGGAGUGUGGAAUGGCACCGGAGUCAAGCUAUUUAGGGUACAAGAGGCGGCCGCGCAAGGACCUACGCUGCUGGCGCCAAAGGGUGCUGUCGAUGCAGUGGGUAGCAACCUCGUGCAGCGCAUUGGCAAUCUGAGUCUCCGACGCAGUAGUACGCAGGAUUCUCAAAGCAACUCUCGGCCACCUUCGAUUCGCGAGGUCUGAGAGACGACUCCAAAGCUCCGCUGGACAUUUACUGUCGAUCGUUCGUAAUGGGAGGAGCCCUCGUUCUACUUAGAUGCACUAGCUUCCUCUUCGUUAUAUUGAUGAACUCUAUGGUUUAGAUGAUACCUGAUUAGCGUUUGCGCGAUUGGCUUAAUUCUUUACACGCAUGUUGGCCUUUGAAGCAUUUUUAAACCUGUUGAUCAUUUUCUUUACCAACUAGUUCUUCAUAUAAUAGAUAGUAAAGCUUAUAAGCGCCUACUCGUUGAGAUUCAGGAUGAUGUUAUGCGCUGUCUGGUG